AUGAAUGAGGAAUCUAUUGUUGCAAUUGGGGUGAAUGAGGAGCCGGUUGCGGUUCUUGAGAUGGAUCCGAGUGCAGUUGGUGCAGUUGGAGACGUUACUGCUAUUGAUCUGCCAGGGGUCAAUGAAUUAAUACAUAAUGGGGAAGGGUUUUCGGAUUCUGCUGUUCGUGUUUCAGUUGAGAAAGAGAUUGUGAAUGAUGCUCCUUUUGUAGCUCAGGAGAUGGAGGUGGUUCUCGUGGAACCUGAAGGUGGAAUAGAUGAAGGAAAAUUGUUUAUUGAAGACACUGUUGAGGGGCUUGAACUUCAGUCUCAAUUCAAUUGGGAUGAGAAUUUUGAUAGAGAUUUACAUGUGGCCAAUGCUAAAUUGGCAACUUGGCAUCGUCGGGAAGAAAUUCGUCUAAGUCAAAUGGUAAAACUAAAAUGGGUGACGGAUGGUGACCGGAAUUCCAGAUUUUUUCAUACUUGCCUAGCCUUGAAGAGGAGCAAAUGGGUUCUAAGUAUGCGAUCGAAUGAUGCAAUGUUUGAGUCUCCAGAGGGCAUCCACCAAGGUGCAAUUGAUUAUUUUUCAUCCUUUUUACAAGGUGAGCCACCGGCUGAGCAACCUAAUUUUGAUGGCCUAAUUGAUCCUGUUAUUUCUGAGGAGGAGGAUGUCUCCCUUGUUAGUGCCCCUUCAUUGGAGGAAGUAUUUGCUGCUUUGUCUUCUAUUCCGGUUAAUAGUACUCCUGGCCUUGAUGGCUUUGGGUUUGGGUUUUAUAAAAGCUGCUGGGAGGUGGUUAAAAAUGAUUUGUGGAAGGCAGUAUUGGAAUUAUUUUGA